UGAAAAAAUGGAUUCCAUGCCGUCAAAAAGUAACUAUUGAUUGAUAACAAUCUAAUAGUUGAUACCGAUUGGUCAAAUUUAUAAUACUAGUCUUUCGAUCUUGCACGAAUGGCAGUGAUUCAACUGACUGUGUGAAUACAUGAGAUUGCAAUCUUAGACAAUCUAGAUCCUAUCUUAACCAUUAAACGAAUCCAAUCAUAGUGCAUCUGUGAUGCAACUUCAGUUAUUCAAGAGCAAGACAAUACAAAAAAAGGACAUUUCCUCCUCGAGAUCUCCACUAAAAUGAAAGGGAAGUUCUGGACUGUUCUGAAGUUUGUUUAUUAAGGAAAAAAAAUACAGGAUUAGAUGCUCCUAAAUAUCUCACUCUCAACUAAAGAGCUUCUACUAACCAAUCAUAUAAAUGUGAAAGCUCUUCCAUGCAGCAACGCAAUGCACCCAAAGGAAAACCACACCUUUUGAAAAGAAAAAUGGUUAACAAGAGAAAAAGAAGAGAAUGUGAAGAAGGGGAAAAGAACAAUGAAGAAGCAAAUACUGAAUGGAAACAUAUAAGGGAAGAGGCAGCAUCAGUAACAGCUGCUCUACUUCGAGUACGAAGAGCAAGAAAGCGUUACAUUGGGGUGAGGCAAAGACCUUCAGGGAGAUGGGUGGCUGAGAUCAAAGACACUAUACAGAACAUAAGACUAUGGUUGGGGACUUAUGACACUGGUGAAGAGGCUGCUAGAGCUUACGAUGAGGCUGCACGUUUGCUUCGCGGCGCGAACACGCGCACAAAUUUCUUUCUUUGUCAAUCUUCUCAUUAUGUUCCUGCUCUUCCUCCAAAGAUUUCCAAACUCCUGUUUCUUAGGCUCAAAGCCAGAAACAUUGCAUCUUCUUGUAUUCCGACUAACCACUAUGAUGAGCAAGAAAUGAAAGAAGAACCGGAACACCAUUUUUUUCACCAAAUAGAAGAAAAUUUUCUCGAAAGUUAUGCUACUGCUAGUUAUGGUUCUUCUGCUGUAACUACUUUUGACUGUACUAGUGGGACUAAUGAGGAAAAUUUUAACCAAGAGGGAAGCAUAGAGGAUUUCGGAUUGGGGUAUCAUUGUGCUACUGUUAACAGUGCCGAAGAUGGUGGAAACAACCAGAUUGUGGGGUGUCAUGGAGAAUUUGAAAACUGUGAUGUUGGACUCAUUGACUUCCAGUUUCUGGAUACUGUUGGAUCAUUAAGUCACUCUUACUCUUCUUCUCCGUUCGAAAUAGCACAGGAGAUGGUGGGGCCAAUCGCGGAAGAGAAAUUCGAUGUGAAUGAUUCACUGUUACUUAGAGAAACUUUUAGAAUGAAGUAUGAACGUAAAUUCUCAGCUUGUCUUUACACCUUGGUUGGGGUGUCUGAGUGUUUGAGGCUACAAGUUGGACCAGAAAAUGGAAAUCAAUUAUAAUUUUUUUGAGAAUGGGGACUAUGAACUAUCCAUUACCCUAAUAACAAUACCACAUAAUGGGAAUAAAAUGAAGAGGCAUAUCCAAUGGAAAGGUUUAGACUUAUUAACAGGAAGAACAGAAUCUUCUUCCAUUCAUUUGGAGUUAUAUUCCUGAUUUUUAUUCUGCUAAGCCAGAAAAUAAAAUUGAAAUAGCAUAGAUUAUUCUUUAUAAAUAACGGAUUGCAUGUUAGCCCUAUUCUUAAAUUUCAAUAUAUAUAUAAAGAUAAUGUAGUAUCUCUAUAUGGACAUGAUUGUUAGUUUUCUAUCCUAUAAAUUCUUAAACGCUUUCCUCUAGAUGUUACAAUAUCACUUUUCUGUAAUACUUAAUUUGAUAUAUAAAAGAACCUUUCAAGACUAGAGCCCAUCGACGUUUGCUGCGGAUUAGAGCUUGUCCAUGUUCAGUUGAGUGAAAGUGCUCAAAUUGGAGAACAUUAGAUCAAUUCAACUGUGCUUGAUCAAUAGUUAUGGUAGGUAGGUAGGUACAGAGGACACAUAGCUUUCUAUCCUUCGAGCUUUAGCGGGUAGAUCUUGAAGAGAGAUCCAUUCCAGUGGUACAGCAGUUUUCGACCCGAUGGAAGUACUCAACCAAUAGGGUACAGAAGCAAACAAUUAAAUUGCCGAUGAACUAGUUCAAUCUUAAAGUUCAUCAUGGAGACGUUUGGAUAUACAAUUUAAUUAAAUAUUAUCUA